GGAUGUUCCCGGCUCAGGAGGAGGCUGACAGGACCGUGUUUGUGGGCAAUUUAGAGGCCCGAGUGCGGGAAGAGAUUCUUUACGAGCUGUUCCUUCAGGCCGGGCCACUAACCAAAGUGACUCUUUGCAAAGAUAGAGACGGAAAACCGAAGUCCUUUGGCUUUGUCUGCUUCAAGCAUCCAGAAUCCGUGUCUUAUGCCAUAGCUUUGCUGAAUGGAAUUCGUUUGUAUGGGAGACCAAUUAACGUGCAGUAUCGAUUUGGGAGUUCUCGAUCUUCUGAACCAGCUAACCAAAGCUUUGAGAGCUGUGCUAAGAUUAACUCACACAGCUUCAGGAACGAUGAAAUGGUGGGCAGGCCUUCCUUUCCAGUGCCGUUUUUCCCAAUUACGAGUGCCGCCUUACCUCAAGAGUAUUUUUUCUUUCAAAACAUGCAGUGGUACACACACAGCCCAGUGCUGCAGCCGCCUUUCUACGAGAUGCCAGCUCCUCUUCCCAACAGCGCGUCUGGGUCUUGCUCCUUAAAUCACGCUCCAGACCUAGAGGCUGGACCCAGCAGCUCCUAUGAGUGGACUGAGCAGCCGCCCAGCGACCCGGACCUGUACCCUAGGAGUAAGCGAAAGAGGCAAAGGCCAGACAGUGACAGCGGCAGUGACAGCUCAGAAGACAAGAGAGGAAAUGGGGGUAACCAAAAGUGCCGCAAGUGUAAAAAGAAGAAAAGACACUAGUGAACUGUGUCUGCACUGCUCUCAAACCUCUCUAGAAAGAAAGAACGAAAAGAAAAAGAAUCUGUUGCACCAAAUGACCCCGAUGUCUUGUCCAGGUUCUUGGUUCUGAAAUAUAUGGGAAAUAUGGCUGUGUGAUUUGCUAUUCAGUUUGCUAUCCAUGCUCAUGAAUGAUAAAAGCCUUUAAACAAUACUAUAACGUACUGCUUCUGUAUUUGCAAGAUUGCCUGUGGACCAUUGUCGAUACACUUUGCCUCGUCUUAUUUUAGUGCUGUGGGUGGAAUUUCACUAAAUUCUAGAGCCCCUCUCUAAGCCCUCGAGGGUUGAGCUUAAUGCUCCCCCUAGAGUCUCACCAAAGGUUUCAAGCACCGGUGGGCUGGCCUCAGAGGGGUUGCUGGCAGAACUACCAGGAAUAAUUAAAAACAGUGUGCUCCAGUAACGAUGUAGCGGGGAGGCUUGAGUCCCCGUUGUAACCGACACUUUCCUUUUGUGUCUAAAUAAGAUAUCUGUGAGCAUCACUAUCAGGGUUAAUUUAUAUGACCAUAGCUGUGGCACCAAAGGAAAGAUAAUUGUCUUAGCUCAGUGUCAUAUGCUUAAAGGCACUAUGUGAUUAUCCUCCUUUUUUCCUGUGAGUUUUAUUUGGCAUAAUUAUCUGUAUACAACACAUUUAUUGUUUGAUGGUGUCAGUAUCUGCUCUCUAGUUCUCCCAGCAGGGGUGGAAAAGACACAGCGACCCUGUGAAUUGCCGCAAAGGGCAAGUGUAUAAAAUGAUGCUGCAUCAUCGUAUACUUAAUGCUUACUGCCCCAGUCUAUACUUCUAAUUCACUUAUUUUAGAAGACAAAUGUACAGCGUAUCAAAUGAAUGGUGUAUGUCCAGUGCUUUUGUUGAUAGCUUACCAUAAACUAAAAUGAUGAGGAUCAUAUAUUUAUGAAAGCUAUUUGAAAGGAUCAUGCAAAGCCAUUAGGAAUUAUCUACUCAGUUCAGUAGGGAAUAAGGCACACGUGGGUGUAUGUUUUGCAUGUUGCUUACUCUUUCACACAUAGUAUUUAUUUAAUGAAUAAAAAUAUCUUCAACCAACAAAUAACUGAGUUUUGCUCUUGGGUAAUGAGGAUAUAAGUGAUAAUUAUGACAAAUGCAAGCGUAUCGAUAUGAAAACCUAAAUUGCCCUGCAGGGAACUUUAACUGGGUCUUUAUAUUCUUAAAUAUUCAAAUAUGAAGACAUUAUUUAUUUUUCUUUUAAAUUCAUAUUUUGACAAUUUGGA